ACGAUGUAGUGGUGGUGGUGGUGGCAGUGGUGGUGGGAGCAGCCUCCGUUUUAUUUCUGUCCCGGUCUCGUCGGGGCCGGUCUCGCGAGUAUAUCGAGUACGUUUUCCAUCGCGAAAGCCUCCCUCGCGAGGAACGUCAACGAAGAUUCGUGAUGGAGGAUAGUUACACGGUACACAGACGUCGCAAGGCGGCCGCUAGGAAACGCGAGAAGACGCCCGAGCCCUCGUCGAGGGGUGCCGCGUCGCGCAUGGAUACUUCGGACGACGAGGACGAAGAGAGGCGCGCUAGAAUGGAGAGGAUGGCCGAGGAAGCUGAGAAGAUAGACCAACAGCAGAAGGAAAACAGAUUGACGCAGCAACAACGAGAGGAGUCUGCGAAGGAAUCAGAGAACCAAGACAAGAAAGAGGAUGUUCACCAAGAACAACGUCCUGUCCGAAGAAGGGACAGAACUGACGCGAGAAAGUCUGCGAACAUGGAUGAUAUGAUAGCUAUACGUGCCGAAGUAGCUGCCAAAUCCAUGGCGGCUGGGAAUAGUUCUGGGAAGAAUGACACCGCAGAGGUUGAUGACAACACGCGAUUGGUAAAGCAGAUCACUGAAGAAAUGAACAAGUUUAAUGAUGAGAGUACCAUGAAGAAAGAAGUCAACAAAGCUGAGAUUGUUCAAAUAGUCGAAGAAAACCUGGUCGCCCAGAAGGCGUCGGAGACACCGAAGGAAACGAAUGGCGAAAUCGUUAAACCUGCCGAAGUCCGCAAAGUCGAAAGGCGAUUUAAGAGAAAGUCAAAGGACCGCGUAGAAAGGUAUAGUCGAUCAACAGAUUCUAGCGAUGCGGAUGAGAAGAGCGAAUCAAGUCAAAAGAGGACAAAAUCGCCGGAAGCAGUAAGGCUCAGGGCAAAGAAGACGAGUGGAAGAAAUCGUGUCAGUGAUCCGGAAAUUCAAAAGAGGGAUGUCGAGAGACAAAAUCGAGAAAAGAGAUUGUCGAAUCAAAAAAAACUGGAGAACGAAUCUCGAACGAAAGAUAAUUCCGAGAAACCACGUUCGAAACCACCUUACAGUCAGACUGAAGAUUCGGACGAGGAUUCAAAGACUAUCAAGAAGAACGAGAACCUUCCACCGAAAUCUGAAGAGCGAAUGAUUAAGAGAUCUCCGAUUGAAUUGAAAAAGCAGAUUAUUCCGCUGAACAAUGAAAGUCUGAUCGAGGAUUUUGCGAGAGCUCAGAGAGAAUAUAUGUUGAGGGAGCGCAAUAUUUUGGAUCCCGACGCCGCAGAGGUCUUCCAGGAUGCAGUUGAAACUAGUACUUUGAGGAGGCGAAAGUUCAGUUUGGCGCACACCGAGAGUGAACAUGAAGAGCUCGUUCAAGACUUAACGGAGUCUUCCGAUGUAGCUAAGUUUUCCGAUAAGAAAAAAUCGUGGUUCUCCUGGAUGUUCUUCUGGCGUAGAAAACAAAAAGAUAUUAAUGAUAUCGUAGAAGAGAAGAUUGAGGACGAACCGAAGCCGACUCCGAAAGUUGAGGAGAUCAAAGAGAAGAAGCAAGAAGUUCCAGAAAAGGUUACUCUGUUGGACUUCUUUAGAGCGUUCAAAGAUGUUGUCGGCGAAUUCAAAGUCUUCGUCGAACAAAAUCCACGAGAGGCGACGAUCAUCAGACAGCUACGUAAUCGUUGCAUAGCCGGAUUGCUGCUUGUAAUGAUCUAUUGCGGUCUCGGUGGCUUCCUCUUCCGGUUCGUUGAGGGUGCCUUCGAGACGUUCUACAAAUGCGGGGUGAAGCGCGUGAAGAGAGACUUUUUGGAUAGUUUAUGGAAUUACAGUCACAAUUUGAGGGAGGAUGACUGGAAGAGUAUGGCGCGUAGGAAGCUGAUGGAGUUCGAAGAACAGCUUCAUACCGCUCAUGAAGCGGGCUUGCAUAGUUACAGCGGUCAAAAGAGCUGGAGUUUCUUGAACGCGGUCUCGUACUGUCUCACCGUCAUCACCACCAUCGGAUACGGGCAUAUUUCGCCAAGUACAAAUGCAGGAAGAGCCAUCACAAUCGUAUACGCUAUUUUCGGUAUCCCGAUGUUUUUAAUUAUCCUGGCCGACUUCGGUAAGCUAUUUACGCGCGGUAUAAAGUUCCUGUGGGCAUUCGUAAGAAGAUUAUACUACACUGGUAGCUGUCGCAAGGUUCGUCGCACUGGGCCUGUUCAGGAAGUGAUGAAGGGCGUGCAACUUGUAUAUGACUUCGCGAAAUUUCGACGGCCGUCGCAGAUGAAUCCGGAAGACAUCGAGGAGAUGCAGAGGCAACAGGUGCAACAACAGACAGUUCUCAAUCUGGACGGCAACGCACCGGAUACGCCAGGCACACCGGCAAUGUCGGCAUUUGCCAUCGAUGACGAAUUCAAUCUGCCGAUCUCGGUCGCGAUCGUCAUCCUCUUGGCCUACAUCUUCAUAGGAGCUACUUUGUACUACAUGUGGGAGGAAUGGAGCUUCUUCGAAAGUUUCUAUUUCGUCUUUAUCUCCAUGAGCACUAUAGGUUUCGGCGAUUACGUGCCACAGAAUCCCGUAUACAUGAUGUGUUCGAUAGUAUAUCUGGUGUUUGGUCUGGCACUCACAUCCAUGUGCAUCAAUGUCGUACAGGUGAUGCUAUCAGAUUCAUUCAAGCAUGCGACCCAAAAGAUCGGUGCCACGAUUGGUUUCGAGGUCGCCGAAGAUGACAAUUCAGUGAAACCAGCACCGCCCCCGCCGGUCGAGAUCGCGGACAUUCACGUGAGCUUGAAAGAGUCCGAGAGCGACGAAAGGAUCGCGCCCAAGGCCAAACAAGAGGACAUCGAUCUGUAGAUGCAUUUCUUUUUCAGAGAAACUCCUACACAUUCGAGUGCUCGCUCGUUCAUUUCUUGAAAUAUGCGUGCGUUUUCCGGUCUAAAAAAAUAAUCGUUCACUGGCUUAUACAACGCACGGGAUACACAAUAACAAUUUCCAAUACGCACGCAAAAUCAAGCUUUAUGGUUCAAGAAAAACAAUCAUAUUCAUUUGAGGGUCCAUCUUCAUAUUUGAGAUCUAUCGAAGUUUGAUUGAAGACAACUAAUCUUGGAAUGUUUGAUGUUUUUUCAAGAUUGAAUUUGCGGAUGGAUGUUUCAGGUCUAAUUAAAUAUUUCGCUUAUUUUCAAUAAGCUAAAAUGCUGUGAGAUUUAAUACUUUGAAAUCCAACUCUGAGAAUUUGUAAAAUCUCAAAGUUCUUCUUAUUCUAUCGAUACAUAAAAGCGAUCCCACGUAUUUUGACUGCAUCAGCAGAAGAAAGCAUUAUGCGCUAUUACACUUCCGUCUAUUGCUGAGAUCGCGACUAAACGUGACUUUCUCAAAUGUAUAUAUUUCUAAGAUAGGCAAAAAUGCCGAUAACGAUGCCGAUAAUUUUAUGAAACUGGAGAUUUAAUAUGCGCUUAUCAAUACGAUCACGUAACGAGUUGCCUGAAGAGAUCUAAUACUAGAGCUUUAGUAGAAAUUCGCAUAUAAAGUGAUAAUGUGAGUAAUCCAACGAAAGUAUCGAAUUCAAAUUGUCCGAAACGAUAUGCACAAAUGUAUUUAAAUGAUGUCUCGUUAGGCGAGUAUCGUAUACGGAAUUUAUGAUAAUCUUGUGAAAAAAAGUUUAUUUACAGAAAAUCAUGCCAAUGAUAUGAUGAAAUACCACUUGUUGUUCGUAUUUUGCAAUUUGGCUACAAAAAUUUUAAAAUAAAGAAAUAAUUCUGCUUUAUAAAAUUUCAU